AUGGAGGCGCUCGAUUUGAUGGCGUGGAGACUCGCGGGAUGCGAAAAUUCGGAGCCACUUUGGAAUGAUAUGAAAAACUUGGGACGGGACAAGGAAAUCUCGUUGGUCACACUUGCCGAAAUGAUGAUUUCGCUACUCGAAGAAUGGAAAAGAGAAUUGGAACUCUUAUUAUGUCAACACAGUUUCGAAGAUUCCUACAUGUCAACACUGUGCUCGGAACGAUGUGAGCACAGUUGUGGUGGAAGAAUGUAUCGGAAGAGGGUGGUCACUCCAAAAGGUCGUUAUCAUGUCAUGAUGGUGGAUCACGGAGGAAAUAAAAGUUAUAAUCUAACCACAGACUCCAUAGUGGAGAUGUUUGGAUUCAGAUGGACCGUGAUCUCGUUUGCAGAAUUCUGUCCACGCAGUAAUGGCCACUAUGUGAGUUGGAUGCGAUGUGGUACGAAAUGGAAGUGUGUUGACGAUGCCGUUGUGAAGAUGGAGAGCCGAAAAAUCAUUUUCUCAGAACAUAAUAAGAUCCACGUCGUCUCAUUAGUUAUCGAUUUUUCUUCAAUCCAAACCGCCUAUUUUGAUCGCACGUCGCUGGAAUUCCGAAGUUUCGACGGAUUAUCAACAAUAAUAAAAUUGAUUGAAAAGAAAGAAGUCCUCAAAAAAAAGCAACCGCUCAUUCUGGAUACCUUCUGGAAAAAUCUAGUCUCUGAGAAGCAGUGGAUAGGAAAAUGGGAAAACUUCCGAGACCUUUAUAGAAAAACUGUCUCCAAAAGGAUUGAGAAGCUUCACUUCAUUGACUCAAAAUAUCGGGCACUGUUGAUGUAUGCGACCUCCGCUUCUGUGACGGCGCAAUUUCAGAAAGAUUGGCUGAUGCCUAUUGUCACUGCCUCUACGACGAGCACAGCAGAAUCAUUGCAAUCCGAUCAGAUGACUGUGAAAUUGAAAUCAAGGGAAAACACCGAAAAGUGCUGUGACGAGAAAUCGAAAAACCAAAAAAGUUGA